ACUACUAUUCAUAUUAUUUUAUUAAAUUUACUAAUAUUCAUAGUGUCAGAUUUGGGGUGAAUCAUGCUGGUAAAAAAGAUUUGGGGUGAAUCAUGACGUCAGCUUCUUGGUUUUUUUUUUUUUAAAUCAAUUGGAAGUUUGCGGAUGGGCACUGGAGAUUAGAAAAUCAGAGGUUACUUGGGGGAAUCGACAGGGGUGAGCAGGAAGACGAAGAUAAAGUCUUUGGAAUUAAGAACGGAGUUGUCAAAAGUCAAACUGAAGAAAUCACAUUAAAACAGAGCCGGGGAACAACCAAAAUUUCCAAUCAAUCCCGAAAUCUCAGAAAACAGCGUCCAGAGAGGGAAAUGGUAUUCAACAGCCUGGCAGUGGUUUCGGUGGCACACGCAUCAGCGGACGUAUGGCAAUCGGUGGCAUGCAUUCCUGAGCGUCUCAGCAGUGAUCAGCUCUUAGAUCUCGUGUGCUGCUUCCCUUUGCAACAGCUGGGUCGUCUCGCUCUCUGCCUCUGGAACUUCCUCUGCCUUCCUCAACCCGAUUCGUAUUACUCUUAUUACUACUCCUCCUCGGACUCCGAUGACUCUUCUACUACCCUCGAUUUGGAUGAGUACUAUCAUCAUUCCCAUUCCGAUUGAUUCCUCGCCCAUUCGCCCUUUCUUCCUUCCUGAUUCAGAAUAUGGUGAAAGUUUAAUGCCAAGAAUCUUGUAGCUGUUGAGGAAACCGGCUCACUCUGGGGUUCUUUCAGGAAAGGGCUCUUUUGCGAUGGUAGAUUUUUGAGGAGGUGUGAUGUUCAGAAGCACAGGGACCAUUGCUUACUUCCUUGAUAUCCCAUGUUCUCAAUGAUUUCAUAGAAUGCCCUAAACUGGCUAGUGGAUCUGUUCAUCAGAGCCAGAAACACUGAUCAGAUUGACUUCUAAAGGAUUAUGUAUGCUUUGAUACCAUAUAGAAGCUAGAGAUCAGAAAGAUGUAUGUAGAAAAACCCACCUUGUAUUGUUAUUCUGUAUUGUUUAGUUAUAUAUAGGCAUAGACUGACACUCUUCAUAACAGAAAUGCAGAAUCUAACAGGGUAAUAAACUAACUAUCAUUUAUAACAUAUUUUCUAAUAAUACUGACUGAUUGUCACAGCUUCAGUCAAUCCUAAUGACGACAAUCAGUCAAUCCUCAUGACAUCGUCAUCAGGAUGAAGCAUUUUGGUUUGAUUUUAAGAAACAUUAGAAAUCAUGCAGUUGAUGUGAAUGAAGCGGUAUAAAGGGUAGGAUUAUGAAAA